GGCCCGGAAGGUGGCCGUGCUCGGGCUCCAGCUCUCCUCCCCCCUUUCCCUCCCAGGAUGGCCCAGAAGGAGAACGCCUACCCCUGGCCCUACGGCCGGCAGACGGUGGGUGGCUGGGUGACCCUCAGCAAGUACUGAAAUGCUGCUGGUAGCACAUUCCAAGCGGGUCCCUGGAACAAAGGCACCCUCAGAGCUCCCCCUGCUCCUUCUCAGACUCAGCCUGGCCUGAACACCCUGCCCCAGAGGGUCCUCCGGAAGGAGCCUGCCACCCCAUCCGCGCUUGUCCUCAUGAGCCGCUCCAACACCCAGCCCACAGCCGCCCCUGGCCAGAAGGUGGUAGAGAACAGCAGUGGGACCCCCAACUUCUCCAUCAGGCGAUCCUUCACCAUCGAUGACUUUGAGAUUGGGCGUCCUCUGGGCAAAGGCAAGUUUGGCAACGUGUACCUGGCUCGGGAGAAGAAAAGCCAUUUCAUCGUGGCGCUCAAGGUCCUGUUCAAGUCUCAGAUAGAAAAGGAGGGUGUGGAGCACCAGCUUCGCAGGGAGAUCGAAAUCCAGGCCCAUCUGCAGCAUCCCAACAUCUUGCGUCUCUACAACUAUUUCUACGACCGCCGAAGGAUCUACUUGAUUCUGGAGUAUGCCCCCCGGGGCGAGCUCUACAAGGAGCUGCAGAAGAGCCGCACUUUUGACGAGCAGCGAACCGCCACGAUCAUGGAGGAGCUGGCAGACGCUCUCUUGUACUGCCACGGGAAGAAGGUGAUUCACAGAGACAUAAAGCCAGAGAAUCUGCUCUUGGGGCUCCAGGGAGAGCUGAAGAUCGCCGACUUUGGCUGGUCUGUGCAUGCCCCCUCCUUGAGGAGGAAGACGAUGUGCGGCACCUUGGACUACCUGCCUCCAGAAAUGAUUGAAGGGCGCACGCACAAUGAGAAGGUGGAUCUGUGGUGCAUCGGGGUCCUUUGCUAUGAGCUGCUGGUGGGAAACCCGCCCUUCGAGAGCGCAUCACACAAUGAGACCUAUCGGCGCAUCGUCAAGGUAGACCUGAAGUUCCCCCCAUCCGUGCCCACGGGAGCCCAGGACCUCAUCUCCAAGCUGCUCAAGCAUAACCCCUCCGAACGGCUGCCCUUGGCCCAGGUCUCAGCCCACCCUUGGGUCCGGGCCCACUCUCGGAGGGUGCUGCCUCCCUCCGCCCUUCAGUCUGUCCCGUGACUUGUCCCUGCCAUUCAUUCGGUUGUGUCUGUCUGUAUGCCUGUAUCUGUGUAUUUGGAAGGAGGGGUACCCGGCCUGUUCCUCUGUCUGUCUUCUACCUCCUUUUUAUUUAAUAAAGGCUGAAGCUUUUUAUACAGAAGCA